UUCAGUCAUUAUUAAUUAUUAUUUUAUAGCUGUUUUUUUAUUUAAGAUUUACCUAGUACCUACCUAUAUUAUAGUUGUGAUUUAUGAACUAAAACUUGAGAAUUUGAUGAAGACCUAACAAUAAAAUUAAGGAAAGUGUUAACAUCAUUAAUUACAAGCAAUUUACAAUGACGUCCAAAAACUUUUUAGAUGUUGACGAAUCGAUCAUUGAAAAAAAUCUCCUAAUCCAAAGCAACGAAGAACAAGAGUUUGAAGAGUUCAUCAGUGGAUAUCUCAAUCCCGAAGCUGGUAAACUCAUAAAACCGGCUCCAGGGAUCUGCGUGAAGACGUUUAAAAUUGACGACAAGUCUAAAGUGUUUAUAAAUCUGUGUCAUCACUCUGAAAUUCCGCCACCAGAAGACAUUACCCAAGAAGAGUUGAUCGAUGUACUUAAUUCAAAAGAUCCCGAGCGUUAUUGUGUUCCAUUAAGUAUCGGUACUGAACAUGCCGAAGUGGAUAAAUCCAACAAUCCGGUGAAAGUGUACGACGUGGCGGUCAACUCGGAUUUUUUCAAAAAAUGUCAAGGCAAUGAAUUGUUUAUGACGUUUAUAGUAUCGGCCACGUUAGAAGGCAUUGCAGAAAAAUUCAAAAUGGAAAUAAGCUCAGAAAAUCCUAUUAUACUAAAAAAUAAAAAAUGCAUUGGCUCUCUACAACAGCAUAGAAUUCAAAAACGACCACCUAGACCGUCUUCUUUCAGAAAGAAACCUUUAAUCCAAGAACUAAAUGCUGUCCAAUCGCAGUCUGAAUUAGACGUACACGUCAAGCCGGAAUAUAAAAUGUACGUUUAUCCCGAAAAUGAUCCACAAAAGUUAGUUAUCGAUAUUUGGCUGCCUGACGUGAGUUGUUCGCAAGAAGUCGACUUAACUUGUGGUGAAGACUGUUUGGCAUUGGGCACAAAGAAGAAAACUAAAUAUGAACUUGACGUAUUUUUUCCUUAUAAUAUCAACCACCAGAGUGCGAAUGUCACGUUUAAUACUGUAACAAAAUUUCUGUCUUUAUCUGCACCUAUAUCGACCGUUCAGUGACGUAGUCAGUCUCAGUCGUUAUUGUUUGAUGAAUAUAAUAUUAUGUUUGAUCUUAUUAGUUUAUGAAAUUAUUAUCAACAUUAAUUGUAACUAAAAUAAAAAUAUAUUUAUUUAAUAAUUACAAAUGUGUUAUGUAUAAAAAUUUGCUAAUUCAUUUGUUUUUUUUUACAAAAAUCUAUAAGUAGUACCUACGGCUUAACACAAAAUAAUAUGUAUACAUUUUUUAAUUAUACUUUGUACAAGG